GGAGGCAUGAAAGAAAUGGAGCAGACGGCAAAAUAACUCCUAAACUCAAACUGAAGUGGAAAUGCAGGAAAGAAGAUGAGACGGGGGGAUACUCCAAAGACCUUCUGUUGCAGAUCCUGCAAAAGUACGGCGACGUGCUGAACCUGCUGGUGUCCAGCAGGAGGAGCGGCAGCGCGGUGGUGGAGUUCGCCUCGGUGAAGGCUGCUGAGAUGGCUGUGAAGAAUGAAGUUGGCCUGAUAAAUAAUCCCCUCAAGAUUUCCUGGCUGGAGGGGCAGCCCCGGCACAGCCCCAGCAGCACCAGUCAGCCUAGGACUUCACAGGCAUCCGUGGUGUCCGAGCGGGAUUACGAGAGCCUGGUGAUGAUGAGGAUGCGCCAGGCAGCGGAGAGGCAGCAGCUGAUUGAGCAGCUCCAGCGGGAGGACGAGGAGGAGGCUCACACCUAG